AUGUUUGAGAGGCCUGUCCCGCUGAACCAGUUUCCUCAGCAAGCUUUUGACUCAUUGGGUGGACUGCAGCCAAACCCAGUGCCAAUCAAUCCUGUUCCAGCUCCCCCUCAAUUUGGUUAUGCUCCUUAUGCACCUACUGGAACGCAACAAUUCUAUGGAGGUCCCUACGAUAUGCCUAGGCCAGAUUCAACACCAGAGGUUGGGUCUGAACAGGGUCCAUUGAUAGGUUUCCCGCAGGGUCCUGCUGGAGCAAUGAAUUUCGCAGAAAAUUAUCCUCGGCCCUGGAAUUUGGGUCCUGCUGGGCCUUUUGAACCUCCUCUGGUAGGUCAAGGUGAAUAUGGUCGGAGUAUGGGGGUUUCACCUUCAAACCUCCCUCCUUCAGCCAGUAAAGGGAUGGAACAUGGGCAGGGUGGAAAUUUUGUGGACCCGAGGGAAGGCAAGGUAAUGAUAGCCCCACAACCCAUGUCCCUUCCGCCACCGCCACCGCCACCGCCGCCGCCGCCACCUAUGCCUCCAACCCACUUAUCACAGCUUCAACGAGGCAGAUCGUACUAUGGUGAGGCUAGCCAUGAUGGUUCACCGGGCUUUGGGUGGCAGCAUGAGAAACGUGAUAGCUUCGGAAGUGGCCAGGAUUAGUGAAUCUACUUUGUUCUUCCCCUAGCAGCAUGCUGAUAUUGUCGUGGCUCAUUAGC